GACUAGAAAUUCGCCUUGUUCCUGAUUAAUUCGUGAACUGUGAAGAGAAACUUUCUUUUGCGUCAUAAUAUCGGUGAAAACAUUAGUGAAAGUAUAACUUAAGCUUAUGAAAUUAUUUUUUUUUAAGUUAUAAUGAAGAAUAUACACAUCGACACUAUCGGUGUAAUUGAUUGAAAAUUGCCCAUAACCUCAAUAAAAAAAUCUUUAAAAUGGAGCUCCCACAGCCACCACAAGACCAAGACCUGCGCAACAUAAUAGAUAAGCUCGCACAGUUUGUCGCCAGAAAUGGACCCGAGUUUGAGAAGAUGACAAAGAACAAACAAAAGAACAAUCCCAAGUUCAGUUUCCUCUACGGCGGCGAAUACUUCAACUACUACCAGUACAAAGUGACGACAGAGCAAGCAAUUCUAAAGCAAUCGGCCGGUGGUGCUCCCGCUCCCGCCGGGGCUUAUAUGGCACCGAACAGGCAAUAUGUAAUGCCCCAACAGGCCGGCGCGACGCCCGCGCAGCUUGGUCUGGCGGCGUCGAUGGCGGCGGCGCCUGCGCUGCAGCAGUGGCUCGCCGCCAACUCCGCGCCCGCCGCCUCGCAUGCUCCUCACAACCAUGACCUCGACAACAUCAAUGUUCAGAUCAACAUGCUAAAAGAGCAAAUCACUCAAUCUGAGAAUAAUCUCAAUGCUCAACACACUGUGUUAGUACAGCAGCAGCAAGUGAAAGUGAAUGAAUUGGUGAGCAAGGCACAGGUGGAGACUAUCCACCAGUUGGCUGAGAAGAAUAACAUAAAUCUCACAGAUCUUGACAAUAUUCUACAACCUAUUAUUGACACUUGUACUAAAGAUAGCAUCUCCUCAGGCAAAGGCUGGAUAUUACAGCAUGCCACAUCCUAUGAUGCUGGCAAAGUAAUAUCCCAGCAUCUGCUCAGAAAGGUCACACAGCCUGGUGCCGCAUUCACACAGAAACUUCACAUCAUAUACCUGGUCAACGAUGUACUACACCAUUGUGCACGCAAAAACGCAGAAGAUCUCAAGAAAAAUUUGGAAAAUGUGGUGGUUCCAAUGUUUUGCAAUGCCAGUAUAGCGGUCACUGAAGAGCAAGAAGCUAAGCUUAACAAGUUGCUCCGCCUUUGGGAGUCCAAGUCCAACUAUUUCGAGACUGCAGUCAUUGAGAAAAUGAAGAGUCCGACCAGCUCCUACCAGGAGUAUCAGAACAAUCUAAUUGCUCAACACUCUAAUGCUGUCUCACAUUUGACACAGCAAACUAAAUCCACAUUCGAAAAUUACCAAUCUCAACAUCAAGCAUUUGUUAGUCACACUAUGCAACAAAUACAGCAGCUAGAAAUGCAAAAACGCGCGGUAGAAAUGCAAAAUAUGGAGCAAAACAAAGAUAAUGGACCACAGAAUAACAUGCAAAAUUCCUUCCAAAACAACAGUUUUAAUGAACAGAACUUUCAACAAACUCACUUUGAUUCAAAUUUUAAUUCAAAUAGCCAACAAUAUGGCAGUGAUAGUGGAGACAAUUACCCAUCUAACAACAGUAUAAGUGGCAAUGAAAACAGUUUUGACAGCCAACUGUUUGAUCAAAUUACUAAGAAGAAAAAUGAAAUUAUUGAGGAACCAGAUUUAUCAAAUCUUCCAAAUGUAAACUUUUCCCAACCGCCUCCUGGUUUCCCUCCGAAAGAGAACUCGGCGCUUCUCGCAUUCCAAAAUGGUCUUCCAGAUCUCAGUAAACCUCCUCCUGGCUUCCCUCCUUUCCCUGAAGUGAACAAUGAAGAACUAAUGCCAUCUGUCCCAUACUUUGAAUUACCUGCUGGCUUGAUGGUACCUCUAAUCAUGCUUGAAGAAGAUAAAUACAACCCGCUCGACCCAGCUAAGAUUAGGCUGCCGCCGCCGGCACCGCCCAAUGAGAGAUUAUUAGCAGCAGUUGACGCGUUCUAUGCAGCUCCUAACCAUGAAAGACCUCGAGAUAAUGAGGGGUGGGAGAAAUUGGGUUUGUAUGAGUACUACAAAGCCAAAAAUGCCGCCAGAAAAAACAAGGAAGAAGCUAUUGCUUUGGGUAGGCGUGAGAAAUCAAGGUCCCCGAGCCCUAUUCCUAAAGAUUUACAAAAACAACCUACACCACCUGGGAGAAGAUACAGGUCAAAAAGUAAGACACCUGAGAAAACAUCGCCGGCAAAGUCGCGUUCACGAUCGCGAACGCCGUCACCUAGACGAAAGUCGUCUUCUUGGAGGAGAGAGAGGGACAGGGAAAGUCGCAGAAGAUCCCGAUCAAGAUCGCGUUCCAGAUCACGCAGCCGAUCACGGGAGCGGGAGCGUGAGCGUGACCGCGAUCGCGAACGUGACAGAGACCGCGAUCGUGACAGGCACAGAGAUGCAUCACCACGAUCGCGGCGCGUUGAACGCUCUAGAUCUCCAACACCGCCUAGUUUUCUUGGAGGAGCUUACCCCAGUACGUCAAGUGGGCUGGACUCCAGCAACAAGGGUCACCAGCUGCUACAGAAAAUGGGCUGGAGCGCUGGGGGCCUCGGGGCCGCCGGGCAAGGUAUUGCAGAACCCAUCAGCGCCGGGACCGUGAGAGAUAAACAGGAUCAAUAUAAAGGUAUUGGCGUAAACCUCAAUGAUCCAUAUGAAAACUUCAGAAAGAACAAAGGUGCAGCAUUUAUAACAAGAAUGAAGGAGCGUGCGCUCGAGCGAUCAUCGUGAUUGCUAUCAUGUUUUAAGUUUGAUUGUAUAUGUGUAAAGUGGAUUGUGUGGCUGCAUAUGAUUUAUUUUAUCUAAAUCAUCUUAA